GAUAUUCUGUGGAAACCAUGUUUGGUGGUGUGGCAGUUUGAUAUCGAUAUAACUAUAUCUUUAUAUUUACUUCUACUUGUACUUUUCCUGUGUUUUCCGUUGUUAUCUUUUUCUCUCAAGCUCGCUGGAAGUAUCCUCCUGUAUCUCGCUCUAUCAUUUCUUUACCACCUCCUAGUUUAUCUGAUCUGGAAGAAAUGAAUGUUCCCUCGUGCCACCCGUGGCUCUCCAAAUGCCUAAUAAUACCCCCAAAAUACAUACAAGCAUCAGUCAUUAUCUCGAUUGGUGGUAUACUAUUUGGUCUUGACACAGGCACCAUCGGUCCUUUGACAGUGAUGCCUCAAUUCUAUGAAACUUUUGGUACACUCUCAUCAACCGUCGUACGUAUAUUCUUCCCCCUUCAUUUCCUCGCUUAUCCCAUUCAACUAAAUCUAACACGAUUCUUCCUCCCAGCACGGUCUCGUUGUUUCCACAAUCCUUAUACCUGCAGCAUUCUCCUCGAUUUUUACCGGCCACUUAGCCAAUGCCCUCGGUCGCUUAGCAGCUACUGCAAUUGGCUCCUUCAUCUUUGGUAUUGGUGCAGCCAUUGAAUGUUCAUCUUUUCACCUCCCUCAACUUUUUGUUGGUCGUGCCAUCAAAGGACUUGGCGAGGGAUUUUUCCUAAGCACAUUAACUGUUUAUAUCACCGAGAUAUCACCUCCUUCCCGAAGAGGUACUUUAGCUAGUCUUCCGCAGCUUGCUACCACUUUAGGAUGCCUUGUAGGCUAUUUUAUGUGUUAUGGGUCUGUGGAUAUAGGAUCAAGCUUGAGUUGGAGAUUACCGUUUGCGGUACAAGCAGUUAUCGCAUUCUUGUUCACAGCUAGCACUCUGUUAUUCCUACCGCAAAGUCCAAGAUGGUUAGCAGCAAGGGGAAAGUUUGAGGAAGCGGAGCGAGUAUGGUUGCAUCUCGCGGUGCCUGAAAAGGAGAGAGAAGGGGUGAAACAGGAGGUAGAUGAUAAUGAGAAAGCGGAUCAGGAAGUUAAAACGAAAGAUCUAUUUGCAAUUUUCGCACCCGAUGCGUGGAAGAGGACAGUUUUGGGUUUAUUCUUAAUGGCAAUGCAGCAGGCGGCUGGAAUUGAUGGUGUUUUAUAUGUACGUGUCUUCAAUAUUUCCCAUCCCUUCCACAUUUCAUAAAAGCGAAAGGAUGAAAAUUAACAAAACCAGUACGCACCUCUGCUCUUCCAAGCUGCUGGUUUAACGUCAUCAGCUGCCUCAUUUCUCGCCUCGGGAAUUUCCGCCCUCCUAAUCUUCCUCACUACCAUUCCAACCUUUAUCCUCGCCGAUAAAUGGGGUCGCAGAACUAGCACCAUAGUUGGUGGCGUCGGACAAGUCAUCGUAAUGUUCAUCAUCGCCUCCCUCUACGCUUCGGAUUCCGUUCAUUCCUCUUACGGCGCUGGUCGCUGGGUCGUUAUCAUCUGCAUCUAUCUUUUUGCGAUUAUAUUUGCUGCAACAUGGGCUGUGACAUUCAAAGUAUACGUUUCUGAGAUUCAAAGCGCUAAAACGAGGGCUGGAGCAACAAGCCUAAGCUUGAGUGCUAAUUGGGUGGUUAACUGGAUAAUAGCGUUCACGACGCCUAUAUUCCUGGCGAAGAGUGCGAGUGGAUGUUAUUGGUUGUGGGGAAGCGCGGCCUUAGUGACAGUUAUUGUGGCAAUGAUCUUUAUGCCGGAAACGAAGGGAAAGAGUUUGGAGGAGAUUGAUGCUAGUUUUAGGAGAGGGGAUAUUAAGGCCACUGUUAGUGAAGGUGGGGUUGUGGAGUUAGGGUCAGUGGAUGGGUUGGGAGAUCAGGAUGAGGGUCCUUCUGAAAGGGACGACAAACACAAUAUGAAAGUUACUUCGAGGGUUGUGGUCGCCACCGCUGCUUCGAGUUCUUUUGUGUAACUGUCGUAAUUCGGAUGAGGUGACAUUCAAUGGAUUUUGAGCAGAGGGUUUUAUGAAAGGCCCUUCCCGUACAUAUAUGAGAUUGAGCAUAACGUUCAUGAUUAAUAACCACAUAGAAUGGCGAGUAAAAGUUAGACCUAAUAUUGUAAGGGUAGAGCUAGUGUAAAUUGCAAGCUGCAAAUUAAA